ACGCGCGGCGCUCUUUCUCUUAGCGUGUUAGCCUUUAGCCACAAGCUGCGCAGCGCCGACGUCUCGAGUGUUUCCCGGAUUCUCGCUGAGUUCAGUCGAAUUAAAGAGUCGGAGAACAUGGCUGUCGCCGGGGUUCAGAGCCGGAAGAGGCUCCUGAAGGACGAGGACAUGACCAAGGUGGAGUUUGAGACCAGCGAGGAGGUGGACGUCACCCCCACCUUCGACACCAUGGGGCUGCGGGAGGACCUUCUCCGCGGCAUCUACGCCUACGGGUUUGAGAAACCGUCUGCCAUCCAGCAGCGAGCCAUCAAGCAGAUCAUCAAAGGCAGAGACGUCAUCGCUCAGUCUCAGUCUGGAACCGGAAAGACGGCGACGUUCUGUGUGUCUGUGCUGCAGUGUCUGGACAUCCAGGUGAGGGAGACCCAGGCGCUGAUCCUCGCUCCAACCAGAGAGCUGGCCGGACAGAUUCAGAAGGUGCUACUGGCUCUGGGAGACUACAUGAAUGUCCAGUGUCACGCCUGCAUCGGAGGAACCAACGUGGGGGAGGACAUCAGGAAGCUGGACUACGGUCAGCACGUGGUGGCGGGGACACCUGGACGAGUGUUUGAUAUGAUUCGUCGCAGGAGUCUGAGGACGAGAGCCAUCAAGAUGCUGGUGCUGGACGAAGCCGACGAGAUGCUCAACAAAGGUUUUAAGGAGCAGAUCUACGAUGUGUAUCGUUACCUGCCCCCCGCCACACAGGUGUGUCUGAUCAGUGCCACGCUGCCGCAUGAGAUCCUGGAGAUGACCAACAAGUUCAUGACCGACCCCAUUCGCAUCCUGGUCAAACGUGAUGAGUUGACUCUCGAGGGGAUUAAACAGUUCUUCGUGGCCGUGGAGAGAGAGGAGUGGAAGUUUGACACUCUGUGUGAUCUGUACGACACGCUGACCAUCACACAGGCCGUCAUCUUCUGUAACACCAAGAGAAAGGUGGACUGGCUCACAGAGAAGAUGAGAGAGGCGAACUUCACCGUGUCGUCGAUGCACGGAGACAUGCCUCAGAAAGAGAGAGAGUCCAUCAUGAAGGAGUUCCGAUCCGGAGCCAGUCGCGUGUUGAUCUCCACGGAUGUCUGGGCUCGAGGUUUAGACGUCCCUCAGGUUUCUCUGAUCAUCAACUACGACCUGCCCAACAACAGAGAGCUCUACAUCCACAGGAUUGGUCGAUCUGGUCGUUAUGGUCGUAAAGGUGUGGCCAUUAACUUCGUAAAGAACGACGACAUCCGGAUCCUGAGAGACAUCGAGCAGUACUACUCCACCCAGAUCGACGAGAUGCCCAUGAACGUGGCUGACCUGAUCUGAUGACGUCCCCCCCCCCCCCGACUUCCCAGGUUUUGUCUUUUUAAACCUCGUUUUUUCUUAACUCUACUUGUGAGGAGUCAACAACUGAGACUCCAGAUUUUUGUUUUUGUAAAUAAAGUUUUGGUUCAGUGUUUAAAGGUGAAAGAAUCUUUUAUUCAUUUAAGAAAAACUCAAUAAAACGUUUGAAUAUCAA